AGAGCUCGCAGACCACAUUCAAUGACAGGUACCGAGUUGGAGCUAAAAAUCUGCGUGGCAAGCUAAAGGUGAAAAAUGGCAGGUUGUAUGGCUGUUUUGGCUAUUCUUGGCUUCAUUGCUGCCGCCCAGGCUACUGUACCUCCAGGAUAUAUAUUGGACAUUACACCUGAGUGUGGGACCAAUGGCAUUGCCGACGGCGUGGUACGCCUGAUGACAGACUAUGAUGCCGAGGCUAAGGCUGAUUGUGGGGGCAACAAGGCAGUGAGCUUUAGCACGACUGAUGGCGUGUUCUUCACUCUGCCCGUGUCCUACCCAGUCACUGGCGGGGGGUCGUCUGCAUGCAAAUUUGUGAAAAAGAAAGACGCUUUUGUGUACACAAUUUUGGUGACGGUGGCAUUCGGCAGUCCCGGGAGCCGGCUCCAUCAGGUGGAUGAACGCUACACCAUCACGUGUUCCUUCCAGCCAGGAGGCAUCAAGAAAAGCGCCCCUCUGACGAUUAAGGCAGGGGCCACUGCUCCAAAGGUCAUUGAAGGAAAUACGCCCCCGAAGAGCCCCUCUGUCAUUUAUCUGUACCUGAUCAACGUCAUUGGGAAGAAGCUCACGGGUGCAGUGUCUGCAGGCAGAAGUGUCCGCCUCAAGGCCGUUACUCUCGGACCUGCUGACAAAGGUAUCCGACCUGAAUCAUGCGAUGCUAUCAAUUCCAAAGGCGCCCGAUUCUCUAUUUUAAGAUCGGGGUGUGGCGACGGCAUGGUCAUUAAGCAGACGAAAGGUUUCAAAACCGUUGGCAAGGUGGCCUACAGCGCUUUCUUCAAACUGUUUACUGUUAACGGGGAUCCCAAACUGAGUAUUGAAUGCAACUUUACCGUCUGCGCCAAAAAAUGCAAUGGGCCGUCAUGUCAUUUUGAAUGGCGUAAACGCAGGGAACAGCCAGGUGACGGUACACGAAGUUUUCUCUGGAAAUCCGCCGGCCAUGCCGCGACGGACAUGUACACGCUGAACGGCGUUGCGGUGGACGUACCUGCUGCACAACCCGAAGCUCCUCGGUUAAGUGUCAGACGCAACCAGUAAAUCCUGUACCGUUAGAUGGUGGUGGUUCAUCAAUAAAAAUAAUAAAAUCAA